AUGAAAGUGGUACCUUCCAGGUUAACCUCACAUGAGCUCACGGAGGAAGGUAUCCAGGGCCACAGAGAGAGGAAAAAGAAGGAGCUCCUGUGGGUUGUGGUUCUCUCUUUCCCUGUUAGCUCAGGUCUGCCCCCUGGUCCCUGCGCUGCGCCUGCUCCCUGCCGCCCGUUCCUCGCCGUCCUCCCUCGCAGCAAGUCGCAGGCCUGCGCGCAUCUCAUGAGCUUCCAUGUCACGCGAUCGUCUGGCGACGCCAUUGAUGGGCAGUUACCCCGCCCGGCCAAUGCAGGGAGCUUGCUGCUUCUUUCCUCAGUCAGCUCUGGUCCGACAAAACCGACCACUCCCAGGACCCCAAGCACCACUUUUUCGUCUGAUACGUACGAGUACACCCCCAAGCCAGUGUACAUCUCCAAGUAUCCUCCCGCGCCUCACUCUGCACAUCGCCGCACGCCAGGUCAGGCGCCCGACCGGAUCGACAUCCAUCUACCUCCGCUCCUGCCCCCUCCCUCUCUGCCCUUCUUAAUCCCCUCCUCAUCCCACUUCUCCUCCAACCAUCCAUCUCACAACUGCACAUCACCUAGCUCCUGUUCCUGGACCUCGGAGCUUGAAGCUUGGAGAAGCGUUUGGGUUGGAGCUGGAGCUUGA